AUGUCAAGAACGCCGCUCUCGAUCGAAUCGUUGGUGGAAAAGCAAAAGGCCGAGCAGGAGGCGGCGUCCAAGCCCAAGUUUUUGACGCGCGAAGAGAGGGCGAAGCUUGCGAUCGAACGGAGGGCGGCGGAGAUUAGGACAUUGAGUCGGCCAAAGGAUGUCGAGAUGCGCGAUGGGAGGUAUGACAGGGAAAAGGACCGAGAUAGGAUCGAGACCGGGACCGGGACAGAGGGGAUAAGUAUGGAGGUCGAUGUAAACGAUGAACGCAAUCGAAAACGAGACGACCGCAGGCCAGCGUUCCAAAACGGCAUUCCUACUGGCCCACGAGCAGAACGAGACAAGGACAAGGGCGCUCCACCUCCACCUCCCCCGAAAUCAGGCACUCCCCCGCCCCCUCCACCUCCCAGCGACGCACCAUUCGUUCCACCCAUCUCGGACACGGAUCUUUCAGCGAUCCGGUCGCGGUACCUGGGGGUCGACAAGAAAAAGCGUAAAAUACGCAAGAUGAACGACCGCAAGUUUGUGUUUGACUGGGAUGAACAGGAGGACACAGGCUCGACUCAGCAGUCCAGCGCUGUUAUGUUUGGACGAGGUCAUCUCGCCGGGAUGGAGGAUGGUGGAGGGGAGAGGAUGGCGGACGCCAAGGAGCGAAGGGCUGCUGCUAGGCACGGGGCGGACGAGAGGCAUUGGAGUGACAAGCCUCUGAACGAGAUGAAGGAGCGAGAUUGGCGAAUCUUUAGGGAGGACUUUAGUAUUGCUUGUGGAAAUAUUCCCUUCCCCUUGCGUUCCUGGACCGAGUCCGAGAUUCCCCAAGCGAUUCUCGAUGUAAUUUCUGCGAUAGGGUACGAAGAGCCCUCACCUAUUCAGCGUCAAGCUAUCCCGAUAGGUCUUCAAAACCGAGAUGUAAUCGGCAUUGCAGAAACAGGUUCCGGUAAAACAGCAUCGUUCGUCAUUCCUAUGCUAGUAUACAUUCAAUCUCUCCCUGCUCUCGACGAUGUCAACCGACACUUGGGUCCUUAUGCACUCAUCCUUGCACCAACGCGUGAAUUGGCUCAACAGAUUGAAGCAGAGACGAGAAAGUUUGCCACUCCCCUGGGUUACAAGUGCGUUUCGAUUGUCGGUGGACGGGCAGUGGAGGAGCAACAGUUCAACCUCCGCGAGGGUGCGGAAAUUAUCAUCGCUACGCCCGGUCGUUUAAAGGACGUUAUCGACCGACACGUCCUUGUCCUCUCUCAAUGCACAUACGUGGUAAUGGACGAAGCAGACCGAAUGGUGCAUCUUGGUUUCGAAGCGGACCUUACAUUCAUCUUGGAUGCUCUGCCAGCUGAAAGCCUCAAAGUCGAGGACGAAAUGGACUUGGACGGUAGACAUGGAGUCGUACGAGACUCGAGCGGGCAAAAGGGCAAGACCCGAGUGACAACGCUCUUUUCGGCCACUAUGCCCCCUGCUGUAGAACGCCUGGCGAGAAAGUACUUGAGGCGGCCAGCAGUUAUUACCAUCGGUGAGGCCGGAAGGGCUGUGGAGAGUGUGGAGCAGCGAGUCGAGUUUGUUAUUGGAGACGAUAAGAAAAAAGCUCGGCUAUUGGACAUUCUCAACAACGGAGGGUUCCAACCUCCUAUCAUUGUGUUCGUCAAUCAGAAGAAGACAGCGGAUAUGGUUGCAAAGGAUUUGUCCCGCGCUGGCUGGAGCACGUCAACCCUGCACUCUGGAAAAAACCAAGAGCAGCGAGAAGCUGCGUUGCAAGCUCUGCGUACAGGCGAGGCCGACGUGCUUGUCGCAACAGACCUGGCAGGACGUGGUAUUGAUGUGCAAGACGUCUCGCUGGUCAUCAACUACCAGAUGGCGAACACAAUUGAGGCUUAUGUCCAUCGUAUUGGGUCGGUUCCAGAGUCGGACGAUCUUAUCUCUAAUCUUGUGCACGUGCGAGAAGCGCACGGCCUCGGAUUGCAUGACGCAGUUUGGGUCCGGGAUACUCAGGAAAUCAAGCGCUACCCCAAGACCGAGCCGAACGAAAGGCUGACGCGCUCGCAAAGUACAAUGACACGGAAGGACACUUCUCACUCGAACUUCCGCCUGGCUGACCUGGUGACGAUCAUGAACGGCUUCUGCGGCUCGUUUUCGAUCUUCUCGUCCGCACGUUUCCUCAUCAGCCACGACGAAUCCGAACUCUACGCCGCCCUCGCUUUCCCACUCGCGGCCUCAUCCCGGUGGAGACAGAGCUCCAGUCUACUUGGCCAGGAGUUGGACAGUCUUGCGGAUUUGAUAUCAUUCGGAGUGGCUCCUGCAUUGUUGGCGUUUACGAUCGGUUUCCGCACGCUAUUGGAUCAAAUCGUUUUGACUGUCUUUAUCUGCUGUGGUCUUGCGCGGCUAGCGCGCUUCAACGCCACCGUGGCCUCGGUCCCCAAAGACGCAACCGGAAAAUCCAAGUACUUUGAAGGUUUACCCAUCCCUUCGUCGCUCACUCUUGUCGGUCUCAUGACCUAUUGGCUUUGGGGCAAGCCUGGUGGGAACGGCGAGGUCCACACGGCUGCCGUUGUAUUCGGAUGCUGGGCUGCGGCGAUGGUGAGCAAGACGCUUCAUGUACCUAAGCCUUGA